AUGCUGCACCUCGUCGGCGAGGGCGGCUUCAGCAAGGUGCUGCUCGUGCGGGCGAAGAGCGGCCACCUGAGCGGCCCCAACGGCAAGGGCGUCUACGCGGCGAAGAUCAUCCCGAAGGCGCACCUAAAGAGCGCGGGCGAGUCGUUCAUCAAAGCCACGAUGCUCGAGCGGAACAUCCUCGGCGAGUUCGACCACCCCUUCCUCCUCAAGCUCUACCACAGCUUCCAGGAGAAGGACAAGCUGGUCCUCGUCGUCGACUACUGCCCCGGCGGGUCGCUCCACACGCACGUGAACAUCAGCCUCCGCGAGGACGGCCGGGGCUUCGGCGAGGCGCGCGCGGCGUUCUACGUCGCGGAGAUCGGGCUGGGCAUCGCCCACCUCCACAGCCACGGCAUCAUCCACCGCGACCUGAAGCUGGAGAACGUGCUCAUGCACGCGUCGGGCCACUGCGCGGUGUCCGACUUCGGCGCGUCGAAGCGCUCGAUCGUCGGCACGCCCGCGUACAUGGCGCCCGAGAUGCUUUUAGCGCAGCCCUACGACUUCGCCGUCGACUGGUGGGCUUUGGGCGUCCUCUUCUUCACCAUGCUCAAGGGCCGCCUGCCCUUCGACGCCGCCGAGGAGGACAAGAUGCUCUGGCCUUCGAAGCCGCGCUACGACCCCGACUGGGCGCCCGAGACGCUCGACGUGCUCCGGUCCAUGCUCCAGAAGCGGCCGACGACGCGCCUCAGCAGCCUCAAGACGCUGGGCCACGCCAAGCUCUACGCGUCCUACGACUGGGCCAAGCUCGAGGCCUGCAAAAUACCGCCGCCGCCAGGGCAGGACAAGAGAGCGAAAUUCCCAACUUCAAAGGCUCCUUUCUCGGCCGAUUUCCACUCGUUUCGGCUGAUUUUUGGACGAGCGAUCAUCUCUCGGAGCGGUCUCGACGCGUGGAUGUUUUUCUCGUGA